AUGUUAUACUUCCGUUUCCGGUACACGAGAGAUUGAGAUGUUAUUGCGCAAAAGUAACAUUUUGUGGUUCUUUUGAGCAUAAGUACAGUGUUUUAAAGGUUAAAUAAACAUUAAAAUGGAAGAAGCUAGUUUAGACGACUUUUUUGCUAAGAAAGACAAAAGCAAGAAGAAGUCAAAGUCUUCAAAAGUCAUUGCUAGUGACAUUCUUGAAACAACAGAUGAGCCGGUUAAAAAAGACAAAAAGAAGAAAGUGAAAGAAAAGACACAAACUUCUACAAAUACAAAAUCUGACAGCAACACAAUUGGAAUUACAGUAAACCCAGAAGAGGAAGAAGAAUGGAAGGAAGUUGAAGAAGAGGCAGAAAAAGAUUACUCUGGUUUAAGAAUAGCAAAUCUACAAGUAACAGAAAAGGAAAAUGAGGAGACUGAAGAACAGACAGAGGAGAAUGUAGAAGAGGAAGACGAUGAUGGUGAAGGAAAAAAGAAGAGGGAUACUGGUCAACAGGGGCCGUGGGUAAAAUCUGAUAACGUACAACAACCUCCUGUAACCCCCAAACCAGCAGGAGAACCUCAGCCAGAAGAAACCCCUAAAGAAGAAUCAAAACCGACUACUGGCAAAUAUAUUCCGCCCAGUCAGCGUGGGGCCGCAGCAGCCGGUGGAGGGGGUGCCACUCCAGGGCCAACAAUUCCUGCUCAUUUAAGAAGGAAAAAAGCAGCUCCCAAUUUAAGGAGUGAAGAAGACUUUCCAACACUUGGUGGUGGUCCAAUGCCAGUUCAACAAGACAGUGAUCCAAGAAGUUUUGAGAGAGUGCAGCAUGGGGGUAGACAGCUAGACGAUCCUACAAAAUCAUCCCAACAACUAUCAUUAGGGAAUAAAUUCUCAGCUCUACAAGAUUGAUGAUAGUCCUCUUAUUAAAUAAAUAUUAGAAUUUAUCUCUAGGUUAUAAUUGAAGCUAAUGAGACGAUCAGUGAUUUAAUUAAACAUUAGAAUUAAUCUCUAGGUUAUAAUUGAAGCUAAUGAGACGAUCACGGAUUUAAUUAAACAUUAGAAUUUAUCUCUUGGAUAUAAUUGAAGCUAAUGAGACGAUCAUGGAUUUAAAUUUCAUACAUGAAGAUAUAUUGCUUUAAUAUUGAAUUUAUACUUUAACAACUGAAAUACAGGUUGAGUAAUGUAACAACAAACUUAGGGUAAUGAUUAACUAAAAUAUUUAAUAAAUUUUU